CUGCCCUGACGGCGGUUGGUCAGUGUCGCGUGUUUGAUUGCGGAGGGGUUGCCCCGGCAACGCGGGGCUGUCGGUUGGAGGGCGGUUGUCGAGCGAGCGGAGGGCAGACGGCCGGAGAGGCAGGAAGACGGCGGCAGCAUGUUCUCGGGCUCCAGGACCUCGUCGCCCAGCUCGGCCACCGCAUCCUCGGCGUGCCAGGAGCGGCAGAUGGAGGUGGUGGCGAGCGAAACGAGCGGCAAGGAGCUGCAGGACGGCAUGCAGGAGGGCAAGGACCAGAUCAAGGAUCUGAACGAGCGCUUCGCCAAGUACAUCAACAACACGGUGCUGAACCUGCAGCGCAAGAACAAGGAGCUGCUGGCCGAGGUGAAGAAGCUGGAGAGGGAGGAGUUCAACGCGGCGGAGAAGGCCUACCAGAAGGAGUACCAGGACUUCCAGGCGCGGGUGGACGAGGCGCAGAACGAGCUGGUGUUGCUGAAGCUGGAGAAGGACAAGCUGAAGGCGCGGCUGGAGAAGGAGUGCCAGCUCAAGCGCGAGUUCGACCGCGACUUCCAAGACCUGAAGAAGAAGUACGAGGACUCGGGCAGCGGCCUGGAGAAGCUCCAGUGCCACUUCAAGCUGCUGGAGGCGCAGCUGGCGCAGCUGAGGCUGGUCCGCGACCAGGAGCGCAUCUACUGGCAGCAGAAGCUGGACAACCUGCAGAACGUGGAGCAGGCGGAGUGCACGGCGCUCGACCUGGAGCAGGGGCUGCGCAACAUGCGCCAGGAGUACGAGCAGGCCGCCCGGCGCAACAGAGAGGAGCUGGCCCGUUACCGGCACCGGUUCGAGGAGAACAGCGUGCCGCUGCAGAAGGUCAGGAAGGAGACCGAGUGCUUCCGCAACGCCGUUACCGACCUGCGGCUGCGGGACGAGAUGCACAAAAACCACCUGCAGGAGAAGGAGCGGGAGAUCGGCCGGAUCCGGGAGUAUAACAAGGCGCUGGAGAAGAAGAUCGAGGCGCACACGGCCGACUUCCAAGCCCUGCUGACGGUGAAGAAUGCGCUGGAGCAGGAGCUGGCCGGCUACAAAAGUCUGCUCAACCAGGUGGAGAAGAAGUCCAGAGACUACGCCAACCCUGCCUGUCUAAGCGGGUCUCCCGCCACUCUAACCACUUCUCCCGCCAAAGCAUCCGAAGACCUCAACAAGAUGUGGUGUUAAGUGUACCCACAUGUACCCUCAAUUUCCUUUGAGCUUGAUACAUAUUUCAACAACCCUCUAAUUAGCUGACCGCUAUCGGAGUAUUUAUUUUGUGGUUUUUAUGCGCAACCUGUUUAUCUUUGGAAAUACAUUGUAACCUCUACACCUUUUAUAAAAUAGUAAAAAUCCAUUAUGUCCCCUUUAAAGAUGAACAAAAUUUUAGAAUGUCAGCUGUAUGGAACAUGUCAUAGGAACAGACUUGUUAUUAUUUGAAAUAGCCCAGUUAUAGUCAAAAAUCAUGCUGGAUGGAUGACUGUCUCAGCAAAUACAGCAUUUCAAUACCAUUACUGAUAAUAUUUUGGCACUAGUAGUGUUUUUCUGCUAUGUAAUAGUAUAAUGAAACAGCGUUUUAGGCUUUCAUUCAAACAAAUGCAAAGAAAGAGUUGAUCCUC